UCUUCACCUUCGUCACUUCAUCCGGACACUGAACUGCACACACUGCCUCCUACUCAUCCGAAACGUGCAUGUUUCUCGGGACUUUUGUUCUCUUGCGUUUUGCGCCUCUCGACUCUACUCCUUGAGGGAGGUACCUGAUUACUUAAAAGCAUACAAAACCUCCAAAAAUAAUCCUUGCCCAGUGAAGAGACUAAUUGCAGGAUCGCCGGUUUUGUAUUGAUUGCAAUCUCGAUUUCCUCUCCAACCGCUUGCCUCCGCCCCUGCCUGCCUGCCUGCCUGACAUGGCUUCCGCCCGUCCGGAGGAUGACUUGCGUGUGGCGGACGACCCCAUGGCCCCCCGUCCCUACGAAGACGCGGCGGUUAUCGCACCGGCGGUACAGACUUCGAGGAGGCGUCAGCCACGUGUGCGUCCCGUCGACAUCGAGCGCCAGUGCGGGGUCUCGCUAGGCGAGAAUCGCAGAUGCGGCGCGGCGUUGGCGUGCAGGCGGCACUCCAUGGGCGCGAAACGCGCCGUCGCCGGGCGGUCCGCGCCGUUUGACCUGCUGCUGGCCGCCUCUCUGGAGGAGAGAGCUUGAGGCGAGGCGAGGCGGUUGCGAAAUCUCGUGUGCUCGUGAAAUAGGCUCGGGGGGGCGGGGGGGG